AGGAAGAACUUUGAGUUCCAGCCCGUCCGAUCUGCUCCAUCGAAUCAAAAGUUUUGUGCAGUCCCUCGUUGAUGAUCUCGGCAACGAUCGACCUCCUUCCGUCGCCCUAGAUCGGUACCGCAACUACUGCUCGGAUCUUUCGGGAAGAUGGUCUUCUUCUAUUCCCUCCCGUUUAUUCCAUUUUAGAUCAUUCUGCGGUCUAUUCUGAAGUCAAUGUUCCAUAACUCGCCUGUUUCUGCAAUGAGAUUUAAGAUUUUAAGUCGAAGUGCCUUCUGGUUGUGCACACAUGAAAGUACAUGAGAAACUAUACCCCCAUGGCCUAGAUUAUUGCUGUCCGACACAAGAAGAGAGAAUAAUUUUGAGUAUGAGAGCCAGUACGUCUGAUAUGGGUUUAACAAGACGGUACUCCAAAGCAAUAGGCCUGAGAUUGCCUACACACGCCCUGCACUUAGGUAGGAGAGAAAUGCAUAAUUGGUUGAAGCGAUCCAACUGUACUCCUUGAAUGAAAAUCAUCAAAUUACACUAGAAGAUCCCUCUACAUAAAUUCCAAGAAUACGGUACGGAUAUUGAACCCAUUCGGCCUUGUGUUUUCUAGCUUACGUACUUAUUUUUAUAGCUAUUAGUAUCUCAGCUUUAGAGAACAGGGCCGCAAGGAAGUUCGUCUUAGACAAAGACUUCUGAGUGUAAAGUUGUUCUAUGGCUUGGUAAGGAGAAUGAUGGAGAACAUCGAUCUGUCCUGUCUUGAAAAUGAUCAGUGAAUGCCUUCAUAGUACAACCUCGAUUAAGAAUUCUAAUGCCUGCAUAGUAGAGCUUCUUUUAAGAAUUCUGUCUUCAUCUACCAAUGGAAGCAAUGAAGUUCUUCCUCCUGUGCUUGCUUGCAAUCAUAUGAAAAUAGGAUGAGUUCUUGUCACCCUCCUUCAUUCUUGCGAUCUUAGUCCAUUGAUUUCAGUAUAUAGCUUUUUCAAAAGAUUCUAUAUAGUUAUGUAAAGAACAUAACGUUUGCCUUGCAGACAGACAAUGGGAGACUCCUAUAUCCUCCAUAUUUAUCUUUUCCAUCUAUGACAUCACAGUAAUGCCCUCCUUAUCUAGGAUAGCAGCUAUAUCGCUCAUAUCAUUCACAUCCUUAUCAGUAGGACUCAGAAUCCAGCACUCAUCGAGAUACAAUGACUAGCUACCAUGAUGUCAGAUGAGGGCAGUCACCAUUCUAUAAGCAUAUAUGGAGAAGAUUUUUUGAGUUACUAUGUACUAAAAUAACACCUAGUAUACUAGGUGUUGAACUUGCAUAUGAAUAUUUACUUUGUAAUGAGCCGAUGUUCUCUAUAAUUUUCCCUCUUACAUUAUUUAAUAUUGAGAACUAAAAAUUUAAAUAUUGCUACAGUAAAAAAGUAUUUUAAAUAAUUCAUUGCUAUACUUGAAAAAUAUUAUAUUAAAAAUAUUUUCAAAUAUACAAAAUAUAUAUUUUCAUGAUAUGGGAUAUAUAAAUAUUUAAUAUAGUAACAAUAGCGGUAAAUAUUCACUAUUGUUAAUAUUAAUUUUAUAAUACUUAUAUGCAUUUGCGUAGAAUUUUUUUUGGAAAAUAUUCUAAAUAUAUUUAAAAUAAAAUUUAUUGUAAAAAAUACUUUACAUAUGGAAAUGUUUUGUUGGUAUUGAUCAUUACUGAUGGGAAAUACUAGUUGAUAAUAUUUUAUUCUCCAAUGAAUUGUUUUUGUUAUUGUAAAAGCAUCCGUCAAUAUUCCAAUCAGCCAACUAUCACCGAUGGACAUAUUUUCUGUUGAUAAAUCUUAUUACUGAUGGUAAAUUUAUGGGUAAUACUCUUUUUUCUAGUAGUGGUGGAGGAUUGUGUGAGGAUAAGAUGAGACUAAAUAGACAAAGGAGCAUGUUGUUGAAGGCAAGUGGAGAGCAAACCAGAAAAUAUGGAUGUGGAAAAUAGUGGAGGAUGACCAACAUAAUGUUUGGAACAUAAUAGAAGACUCUAAGAGAACAAUAUGGCUAAGAAGAUUUGGACGGAGAAUAGGAUUAAGAUUAAACUUGUGCUAUAUUAAUAAAUUUUCUUUAAAAAUAAACCUCUACACUUUAUCAUAUUACAUAUAUACCCUCAACACUUAGCCUGCAUCUUAUCUUCAAAGAAUUUACUACAACCCAACACUUCAUUUGUUUUCCUCCACAAUGAUUUUCUAACAAUUUUCCCCCUUCAUUCAAAUGAUGGAAAAGGAUUGUUGUGUUUCUGCCAAUGCUUUUCCCUUUUAUUUUUGUUUCUCGAGGGAGGAUACUACAAAACUUUAUAUAUAUAUAUAUAUAUACACACACACACACACACAUUAUAUCUUUAUAUCUGCUAUGUUGUUUGACACUCUAAAUUGCAGCACGUGUAGCUAUGACUUGCCCAAUGGUAAGGAAAUAAUUUCAAUUGAGAAGGAAAGCCACACAUAUAGACUGGAUGUCUUGCUUACAGUGCUUCUUAUCAUACAACAAUUGUUACAAGAAAACAAACAUGGAUCAAAGAGAGACAUAUACUACAUGCACCCUGGGGUAUUCUUAGAUCAAGCAGCUGUUGAUCAGGCUAUCAAUGACAUCUGUAUUCUAUUGAAGUGCAGUCGUCAUCAUCUCAAUGUGGUGCCGGUUGGGAAAGGAUUGGUGAUGGGCUGGUUGAGAUUCUCAGAAGCUGGUAGGAAGGUUUGUUGCAUAAACAAUCCCAACACAGCCUAUUCUAUUCCUGUGUCGCUUGAGGAGGUGGAAGAUAUUGCCAGUGUUUCCAGAUAUAUUCUUGUUGUCGAGAAGGAAUCAGUGUUUCAGCGCUUGGCGAAUGAUAAAUUUUGCGAGAAAAACCAAUGCAUUAUCAUUACAGGAAGAGGAUAUCCUGAUGUCUCUACAAGAAGGUUUUUGCGCCAUAUUGUAGACAAGCUUCUUUUGCCAGUAUAUUGCCUGGUGGAUUAUGAUCCUUAUGGUUUUGAUAUACUAACCAUAUAUAGGUUUGGUUCCAUGCAAAUGGCAUAUGAUGCUAAUAUGUUGCGAGUACCUACUGUACGUUGGCUUGGAGUCUUUCAUUCAGACUUGGACAAGUAUCAUUUUCCGGAUCGCUGUCUUCUCAAAAUGACAUCUCAUGACAAGGAGAGAGCUAAAGCAAUGCUUCUUAGAUGCUAUUUGUCAAAGGAAGCACCACAAUGGAGGAAGGAGCUGGAGGUCAUGCUGCAAAAGGGUAUGAAAUUUGAGAUUGAAGCAUUAUCUUCCAACUCACUGUCAUUUUUAUCGGAGUACAUCCCAGAGAAGAUUCACGAGGGAAGUUACAUAUAAGUUCGCAUAGAAAUCUCAGUUUGAGGGGUUAGUCACCACCAUUCUAUUAUUUUCAUAUUAAUGAUCAUUAUGAUUUUACCAAGUUAUCGAAUGAAUCCAUCAUCUCUUCAUCGUCAUUAUCUUUUUGGCUCAA